UAAAAACAUCACUUGAGAUGUGUGGCAACAACAGUGUUGGAAUUUUCGCUCCUGCGCUGUCUUUCUCUGACGUCCCACCUGUGGUUUGCUGGCUAAUCAAGAUGGGAUGUGACAUGUCAUAGCAGUUACCAGAGCAUAUUGCACGCUUACCAUGACAUCGUGACUGUUUGGACUUCCUAAGAAAGUUAUUUCACAGUGACCGACACCUCUUGCUAAUGUGACAUAAAGCAGCUCCUUCCACUCUAUUUACAGGGACGUUUGCCUGGAGUGGACUUGGUGGGCACAGGCGGCCUCGGUGUUUGUCGAUGUCACCCUUGGCAGGAACCGAGGAGCAGGGGCAGCCAUGGCCCCCCAGGGCCCCAGCUGCCCCACGCUAACCUGCAAGGUGUGGGUGCCCUUGGGACCCCAGAGGACUGUGACCUUGCUUCGCACCCACAGCAACAACUCCCCCACGAUGUUGCCCGAGUGGCUGGUGGCCUGGAGCUGGUCGCUGGAUGGCCUGCGGGACUGCAUCGCCACGGGCAUCCAGUCCGUGCGGGACUGUGACACCACCGCCAUCGUCACCGUGGCCUGCCUGCUGGUCCUGUUCGUGUGGUACUGUUACCACGUGGGCCGGGAGCAGCCCCGGCCCUACGUCUCCGUCAACUCCCUCAUGCAGGGCGCAGAUGCCAGCGGGCUGCAGAACGGCUACGUGUACUGCCAGUCGCCCGAGUGCGUGCGCUGCACCCACAACGAGGGGCUCAACCAGAAGCUCUACCACAACCUGCAGGAGUACGCCAAGCGCUACUCCUGGGCGGGCAUGGGCCGCAUCCACAAGGGCAUCCGCGAGCAGGGCCGCUACCUCAGCAGCCGGCCCUCCAUCCAGAAGCCCGAGGUCUUCUUCCUGCCCGACCUGCCCACCACGCCCUACUUCUCCCGGGACGCCCAGAAGCACGACGUGGAGCUGCUGGAGCGGAGCUUCCAGACCGUCCUGUGCGAGUUCGAGGCCCUCUACAAAGCCUUCUCGAACUGCAGCCUCCCGCAGGGCUGGAAGAUGAACAGCACCCCCAGCGGGGAGUGGGUCACCUUUUACCUGGUCAAUCAGGGGGUGUGCGUUCCCAGGAACUGCAGGAAGUGCCCACGGACGUACCGCUUGCUCGGAAGCCUCCGGACCUGCAUUGGGAACAAUGUUUUUGGGAACGCGUGCAUCUCCGUGCUGAGCCCUGGGACUGUGAUAACGGAGCACUAUGGACCCACCAACAUCCGCAUCCGAUGCCACUUAGGUCUGAGGACUCCGAGCGGCUGCGAGCUGGUGGUGGGCGGGGAGCCCCAGUGCUGGGCGGAAGGCCGCUGCCUUCUCUUCGACGACUCCUUCCUGCACACCGCGUUUCACGGAGGUUCAGCGGAGGACGGCCCGCGGGUGGUUUUCAUGGUGGAUCUGUGGCACCCGAACGUUGCUGCGGCUGAACGGCAGGCCCUGGAUUUCAUCUUCGCUCCCGGCCGGUGA